UGCAUGUCCUUUUGCUCUGUAAUUAUGAGCUGUUGGACUUUCUUUACUUGUGUUUUGGUUAACCCGUUAUCACUCAACUUGUUGGUCUUGAAUUUUCCUUAUAGCCUACAUUUAUCGUGCAUUUUCUCGGGCGUUGAGAUUCAACACCGGCUCGGUUUAGAUGGUGACCACAUCACCUUAAUCAGACCAUAUAUUUAUUACACGCCACUGGCACAUUCAUACUCUGUGAGUCGGCACAGUCUCUCCUUAGUGCAGUAGCUAUUUGAAGGGCUAAGUCCCCUGAUAUCUAGAGUGUCUAUGUGCUGGUGUUUUUAUUAGCUGCUAGCAUGAUAUGCUUGGACCACGUACCAUGAUGAUACGUAAACACAUUAAUCAUCUUAGGGGUAGCGGUGCCUAGGUACCCUUGAGAUAGUAUCUCGUCCAGGCUUCUUGGUGAUCCUGGACUGCAGACUUGCUGCAGCCAAAAUGGUGGUAGAUAAUGACAGUACUUCUAAUUACAUUA